AUGGGAAUUAUCACGAAACAAGAUGAAGGUGAGGCAUCGUUGGGCAAUGAAUCGACGACAGAGCAUGAUGUCGAAGUUACAAGACCGGAAGAACAAGAUGCAGAUGAUUGGGAUACCAGUCUUGAGAAUCCAUACAACUGGCCCGCGUGGAAAAAGGCUUUGCAGGUGGUGAUGCUCUCCUCAUCAGCUAUACUCGCAUCAAUCGGUACAUCAAUCAUGAGUCCAGCGCGCAAUGACCUCAUGUCCGAAUUCAACGUCAGUUCAACCGUCGCUCUUCUCCCCUUGACGAUGUACGUCCUCGCCUUGGGCUUCGGACCCAUCAUCGGCGGUCCGUUAUCAGAAACCAUCGGUCGCUACGCCAUUUACGCCGCGAGUGUUCCCCUGGGAGCUUUGUUUACCAUCGGUGCUGGCUUUGUGCAUAACAUAGGAGCGCUGUGUUUCUUGCGCUUCAUGGCGGGUUUGUGUUGGGCGCCUGUUCUUGCUGUUGCGCCUGGGACUUUGUCUGAGACGUUUACGCCCAAGAACAGAGGGCCUGUUUCGGCGGUGUUUAUACUCAUGCCCUUCUUGGGACCUGGAUUAGGGCCGGUCAUAGGAGCCUUCGUGGUGAAUCGAAAAGGAUGGCGUUGGACACAGUGGACGUUGGUCUUUUUCUCCAUCCUCGCCAUGAUCGUCGCGGCGUUCGCCCAUGAGACUUUCCAUCCAGUCAUCAAACGCAGACUCGCAAAAAAGAAGGGAUUGAAGAUUGAUCCGCCGCCUCCUUUGGCUGCUCGACUCAAGAUGUUUGCGCUUGUAGCUGUGGUGCGACCUGUUCGAAUGCUGCUGUUCGAACCCAUCACUGGCUUUAUCUGUCUAUACGUCGCAGCCGAGUUUGGAACGUUGUUCAGUUUCUUCGCUGCUGUUCCCUAUACAUUUGGAAGAACAUACCAAUUCUCCAUCGAGGAGUCGGGGCUGGUGUUUCUUUCCAUCGUCAUCGGCUGUCUUCUUGGCCUCGUUACUGUCAUCCUCUGUGAUGUGCUCUUGUACCGCAAGCAAGCGAGUAGAUAUCCUCCGCACCAGAUACCUCCAGAGCAUCGUCUUUACCCAUCCUUGAUUGGAAGUAUCGGAUUACCCAUCGGACUCUUUUGGUUUGGCUGGACAGCGAGACCAGGAGUGUCGUGGGCGAGUCCCGCAGCAGCCAUGAUCAUCUUUGCAUGGGGGAAUCUGUGCGUGUUUGUUAGUACAAUGCAGUAUAUCACGGAUACAUAUCAUGGAAACGUUGUUGCUAGCGCUGCGAGUGCGAAUAGUCUUGCGCGGUAUGGGUUUGCGGGCGUGUUUCCGCUGUUUACUAUCCAGAUGUACGAGAAGUUGGGGAUUGAUUGGGCUAGCAGUCUUCUUGGGUUUGUUGCAUUGGCUCUGUUGCCGGUUCCUUGGGUGUUGUUCAAGUAUGGUCCCAAGAUCAGGGCGAAGAGUUCUUAUGAGACGGUGCAAUUUAGUUGA